CUUUGGAUGAAUAAAAUAUGAUAUAUUCACACUUACUUCACUCGCUCAUUUUUAACAGCGACGCAAAAUGUCGACGACAGUGACUGGCCCCAAUUCAAUUCAACGAACUAACUACUUUCACUUCGACAAUCAAUGGAGGUCAGAGUGAACUCAAAUUCAUACAGAAGACAGUGAAUAACCUUGACACCACUAACUGGUGACAUUUAUGUUGUACGAGGCUGCACCAAAGCUGUAUCGACAGUACAACUCCAAGUUCCAGUGUCGUGUUGUUGUGCGCGAGGGAACCACCUCAGUUAUUUUUGUUCACCUUUUAACCUUGUCCCAUUCCUAUUGUGUUCAUUUCAAGUAGUUGAUUCCCUAGUCUACCUUUGUAUAAACCAAACAACAUGCCGGCAUAACGUGACACUCCAUGAGUAACCGGUAGCACAGUUUUUUGCUGCGAUAGACCGCUAAACAUGACAGGAAUGAAGCACACAGUAAUUUUGUAUAACCUCGCUUUUCAGAUACAAGAUUCAUAACUCAGUUGUCGAUUGUUUAGAUCUUUACUGCCAUGGCAACAACGAUUAUAUGCCAAUUCUUUAUUAUAGGAAUCCUAAUAAUUAUUUACACCAAUGUCUUAACUUCUGGUCAGUGUGUGACUGGUAUACAACACCUUCGAGUUGGAUCCCCCGGUGAAAUUCUAACUUUGACCUCACCAAAAUAUCCGUCCAAUUAUCCGAGCUUCGCUGAUUGUAAAUGGGUGCUGACAGCGCCACCUGGCGACUACCUUAUUGAACUUAGAAUUCAAUCGUUAGAGAUUGAGAGGACAAUGUCGUGUAUCUAUGACAGCCUCGUUAUUAAUGAUGGUUCGCGUUCGUCAUCCCCGCUUCUUGAAAAACUAUGUGGCGUGAAAUACCCGGAUGUAAUACAGAGUACUGGAAGCAACAUUUAUAUUCACUUCUAUUCCGAUUCAAGUACAGAAAAGUCAGGGUUCGAAAUUGACUACACGAGUAUCAGUAAGAACAGUUCGGAUUCAGUGGACAUUGUACAUAACGAAACAGUCGAUAUCGGCGUUAAGCCAACUCAUCCGUAUCGUCAUACAAAUUCUUACGACGUAGUCACUGCUAAAGAAAGCGAUAAUGCAGACGACGAGGAUGCGUCGUCUUUAUCACCUCUAUACACCAUGCUCGUUGCCAGUGGAGCGUUUGUUGGUCUGAUCUUGUGCUCGUAUUAUUGCUUCAAACACUGUCGCGGUCUUACUAUGAGAUGCAAAAAAAUAAUUGAAGCGUGGAUUUUGCUGCUGAUCGGAAUAUGUUCGUUUUUGAUAAGUUGCUGUGACUGCCGCGACAAUUGGUGUGACAAAGAAGUUAGGGACGUUGGCGACGCCUGUGGGUGCAAAUGUUCAGAUACGUGUUUAGCAAUUGGGGCUCCCGAUAAUGACAACGAUGCUGAAAUCACGGAGCCCGUUACUCUGACAGUUGACAGAGACGUCGGUGUUAAUGUGAGACAUGAAGACGAUCCCCGCGGAGAACUCAGUCCACUCACACCGACAGCACCGCCAAUGGAAAGAGCAUUGAAUUCUGAGAGAAAUCGACAUCAUUCCAAUAUAGAACCCCCUGAUUACGAGCCACCGCCGCCACCUUAUGAGGGAGUUAUCGAAUCACGCAUUGAACAGAUUAAUUCAGGUCAACCAGUGGUGGUCCCCAGUAUUCGACUACACGAUUUGCUUGCACCUCCGCCCUCAUAUGAAGACGUUAUGGAUAACAACACAGGCAGAUCUAAAUAUACCCAUAGAUCAUAG